GUAUUGUUGGUCAACCAAUUUGUAACUUGAAAAAUCAGCAGCAAAAGAACCAGAGCCGGGUUAAACCGGGUCGGGUUGCGUUAUGUUUUGGUCGUCGGGUUAGGUCUCAUUUCGUUUCCUACAGAACAUAGAAGCGACAACGUUUGAAAAACAAACUCCUGAGAGAGAAGAGAGAAGAGAGAAGAGAGAAGAGAGAAGGAGAUAGCGAUUAGAAGGAAGAAUGAUAGAGGAAGGUCCACCGGCUCCGAAGGUUCUCCGUAUGGUCUACUUCGUCGGCGCCGGAUUUUUAUGUACUUUCGCGAUCAACAAAUGGCGUGAGAUGGAGAAAAAAUCAAAUCUGAAAGAGCAGGAGAAGAAUCAGCAAGCAAAUGGAGGAGGUUUAUUGCAUCAAAUUCCUGCAGAUUCGGUUCAGAAAGCAAUGAAAUGAUGAUUUUUUUUUUCUCUUUUGUCUAUUGCUAUGUUCCAGAUGCAAAAGAUAACGCAACUCCAGUUGUAUCUUUGACCUCAAAGUUUGCAUUUUCUUUUAUAUUUUCCCUGAA